GAGAAAAAGAGGAGCAAGAGCAUCCUUCCGUCUUUCGCUUGCACAUGAAACAGAAGAAAAAGAGAUGAAAGCCAGAAGAGGAUGUUAUUGACAAAUGGAAUAAGGCAGCAACGUCGACAGGGAGGAGAAGCUAGCUGAAGGACGCUGCAGUUUGCGUGUUUGGUAGCAGCAAGCAGCAGCUGCUGGAAUAUCAUGUUUGCCAUGAAAAGGUGAAAUAUUUGCUUGAUGAGUUGGUGCUCAUAGAUGAUGUGAUGAUGAUCUGCUGCUGAAGUAUUCUUGCAGCGGCAUCAGGUGCCUGAGGCGACCCUCCAGGAGGUCAGCGUUAUCAGUAAGACCUCAGGCGGCGCUGGGAUGACUGGUCACUGAGACCCGGCUGGGACGUUUUUUGUCCUACUGAAUGGCGCAGUGGUGCUUGAGCGCAUGUCGCGUUGCCUUACAGCUGAGAUAACACUCAUCGUUCGACAAGUGCAGUUUGGACCGAGUACCAUCUGGGAUCGAUGCACAUCCAAUAGUUUGAGGUCCUUGGACAUGCAGAGACGCAUCAGGACAAACCUGGAGCCCCAUCAGUGACCCCAUGACCUCUGGUGAACUACAUAAUCUAAUUGAAGUGGAUACCUACCACAGGACUGACAGGAUGAGCGCGUCGUCGUAGCUGGUCGCGCGCCGCUCAUCGUCCUCGGCCAUGACCCGGCUGAUGUUGGGCCGGACUCUGGAGCGCAUCUGUAAAGGUGUUCUGCUGCUCUGCUUGCUCCACUUCCUCAUCAUGAUGAUCCUAUACUUCGAUGUCUACUCGCAGCGCUUCGACCUCUUCAGUCGCUUUAACAACGGACGUAACAGUUCCCGGAAUAAUGCCAGCACCGGACAUCAUUUUUACUACUACAACAUAUCGAGGCCCAACACCACCUUAGCAAACUUCCUGACCGCUGCCGAGCAGGCGAGGUCGAGCGUGCGGCCAGAGACCAAUCAGGCGCCUUCACCCAAGCCCUUGCCGCCGUGUCCUGAGAACCCUCCUGGCCUUGUGGGACGCUUGCUGAUUGAGUUCAGCUCCCAGAUGACCAUGGAGCGAGUGCAGAGAGAAAACCCCAACGUGACGGAGGGGGGCCACUACACGCCCCCUGACUGCCGGCCUCGAUGGAAGGUGGCCAUCAUCAUUCCGUUCCGUCAUCGUGAAAACCACCUGAAGUACUGGCUUCACUACCUUCACCCUAUCCUGAGACGGCAGAAGAUCGACUAUGCCAUCUACAUCAUCAACCAGUUGGGCGAGGACACGUUCAACCGCGCCAAGCUGUUAAAUGUUGGCUACACGGAGGCCUUGAAGGACGGAGACUAUAACUGCUUCAUCUUCAGCGACGUGGAUUUGAUCCCCAUGGACGACCGGAACCUUUACCACUGCUACGAGCAGCCCAGACACUUCGCCAUCGCCAUGGACAAGUUUGGCUUCAGGCUGCCAUAUGCCAGCUACUUUGGGGGAGUGUCGGGCCUCAGUAGGAAACAGUUUCUGAAGAUCAAUGGCUUCCCCAAUGAGUACUGGGGCUGGGGAGGGGAGGAUGAUGACAUCUACAACAGGAUCACUCUGAACGGGAUGAAAGUUUCCAGACCGGACGUUCGCAUCGGCCGCUACAGAAUGAUUAAACACGAGCGGGACAAACACAACGAGCCCAACCCUCAAAGGUUUAAUAAGAUCCAGAACACCAAGAACACCAUGAAGAAAGACGGCAUCAGUUCUCUCACCUACAGAGUGGUCCAGGUCAAGAGGUACUCGCUGUACACAAACAUCUCGGUGGAGAUCGGCAAACCUCCCCCCCGACAUUUCCGCGGCUAGGGAAUAUUGAGGUGUGGUCAGGAUGAAAACUUGUUCUUGCAUCUUCUGGCUUUGAGGACAAACAUGAAGAAUUCAUGGAAAACAUUGAAGUGACCGCAAGAGUCAACAUGAAAGUAUUGCACAUGGAUGUUCUUUUCUACUUCCAAAAAACCUGGAUAUCAUCAUUAGGAAACUGAGUAGAAGAUGUGGAUCUACUAAAAAGGGUUAUCUUAAGAACAAUAUCAAUCAUCUUCAUCACAUUGUCCUGCAGGAGUCACCUAAAGUGCUCCAAAGUGGACGCAGCCGGCAUUAAUGAAUGAAUGUAAGACACCUGCAUCUCCCACAAAACAACUAUUGAAGCUUUUCAACGUUAUCAUUCACGUGGAAGACGUGGGGGAAAGAUGCUCGUUUAAGAAAUGAAUCAUUCAACAUUAACUUUAUCAAGUCCACUUAACAGGAGCAGUAAAUUAGUUUCUAUUAUAAUAAUUCUAUGAUUUGACAUUUUGUGAGGCACAAAGAGGUUAUAUUACUUUAUUAUUCCCUAAAGUGAUAUUCCAAAUUGUUCAUUUAUUGCUGUUGUUGCACAGCAGAAGUCAGACUUUGAGGUUUUUAAUGUAUCAUUCUUUCAUUUUCAUUAUAUUCCAAGCUAUCUUCUCUGUUGUUCAUCCAUUCACUUGGUGUAUUAUGGAAUUACAUGUGAGGCACAAAGGGCUCCAAAGACAAAUUGACACCCCAAAGCUGUUAUUUUAACGCCAGCAAAAGUCAAACUUAUUUUGUUGUCUUAUUUUAUUUGAGAUUAAAUUCAUUCUUUUUAUUUUUAUACAACAGUUUUAUACUCUUUACUCUACAGACAAAAUGACAUCCAAACUUACUAUUGUAACCCUUUUAACUUAUAGUUUUAACCUUUUUAUUUUAGCAUUUUUGUUUGUAUAUAUUAUUUUCAACUACUAAAGUUAAAAUAAUACACCUAAAAAAAGUUUAUUUUUAUUUUAUUUUUAUUUCUACAGCUAAAAUCGUAUCCCAAAAAGUAUUAACAUUAAUAAUAAUAUUAUUGUUAUCAUUAUUAUCUAUACAUUUAAAAUAAUACAAAAUUUAAAAGGUUUUUUUUCGACCAGGGGUCCCCAAACUUUUUGUCUGGGGGGCCACAUUGGGUUAAAAAAAUUUGACCAGGACUCGA